AUGGAAUAUGCGGCCAUCAUGCAGUACACCCUCAGCGGUGAAGACCGAGCAUGGUUGUCCUUGAGCCGAGAAUGCAAGAUGCAGUGGUUGCCAAAGGAUUUCAGUUGCCUUCUCAAUGCGCCUGCCAACUGGCAGCAGCUGUUGAAUGAGUUCGGCUGGCGUGACAAGACUGAUCCUGCAUCUGCCGUAUGUCUCAGCUUGGAUGACCUAGAUCCCAGUGUAGCAGAUAUCUUGAGGGAUUGCUGUCGUACUUUCCAGCAAGAGGAGUGGGUGCAGGAGGUUGCGCGCCAUCACCAGCUUCAGGUAGGGCGCAUGGAAGUUCGCACAGGUCUGCCAGCAGAGGCCACAAGGCUGAAGAGGGAAGUUGAUUGUCCAGAUUCAUGUAGCAAAGGUUUGCCAGCCAAGGCCGUAAAGAAGGAACCCUGUGAUGCUCAUGAUGCUCAGACCUUCCCUUCAGGACGUGAAAUAUCCAAGCGCCUUCUAAGCAACUUGCCUUACCGCCCCCUAGAUGCCAGCAUGUUGGACCUUGGCCAAGUCUUGCGAGGUUGUCUUGCCGUUGCCAGGAACUUUCAUGGUAAUCGCUGGCCUGAACACAUCACCCUCCUGUCUUGCGGUGAUCUGGCAUCUAGGCAUGGACAGAAUGCACACAUGAUAUGCGGACUGCUAUGUUCUGACACGCACUGGGCGCUUCUUUGCAUCAGCGAAGGGCAGGGGAUUGUGUAUGAUGGCCUUGGAGACACAGUUUGCUUUAAUCAAGCCAGUGCAUACAUGGCGCACCUACGGGAGUCGGGGCAUGCGGUCAAAGAGAAGCUGCUCAAAGCGCAGUGCCCUAAGCAAGGAGACGCCUGGUCGUGCGGGCAUCGAGUGAUUGUUGCUCUGGGCGCUAUCCUGGAUCAUGUGGAAUCUGCAGGGGACAUUCCCCGCCAGCUUGAUGAGAGUGUGCUUUCUUCUGCACAUGUGCAAGCCCUGGUCAGGAGUAGCCAGGAUUCCUCAUUCCCGAACCCGUGUCAGCAGCAGGGCCCUCCCAAGCAUGUCAAGCGCAAGGUUGAGUGUGUGCAGAGUUCCGUGUCAAAUGCCGCCCCUGGUGCAGAUGUUGCAAGCGAACCUUCCACUCCGAAAAGAAGCCGCCCCAGGGUGGAUGACAAAGCCAUGACUCCCCCCAGGCCAAGUCCUCCUGCGCGUACAUCAGGCUUUGAUGGCUUGAAGUUGUCUCCUGUUUCCAACACAAGCUCUCCGCGUCAGAUAGUGUCCAAGGCCAGCAAACCGGUGCGAAGCAAGUCAAUCAAGGGAAACACCCAGAAAGCGUCAAAGCAGAGCACGCAGAGCGAGGCAUCUUUAGUGAAGCGGGGAGAGAGCCUCUGCCAAUCUGCAGGCGUGCAGCACAAAACCUUCCAGUCGGAGCACUAUCAUGCAUCUCAACCUGAGCCGCGAGGUCACUGGAAGAUGUUCUUGCGCGCACUGGCCGUGCCUGAUGACAAAGAUAAGAUCCUCACUUGCCCUGUGUGCUGUAGCCUUCGCAACAAAAUCCUGAACCUGGCAGUCCCAUCAGCCCCUGAACCCAGCAAUGUCAAAGCAGAACCAUCUGAGGAUGUCAGCCUUGCCCUUGUUGCAGUGCAGCCGCCAGGUGAAGCAUCACGUCCAGUGCUAGGCCCGCAGAUCCACAAGCGAGGCAGACCAGCCAAAGGCGAGAGCAUGGACUCACGCUGGCGCCUGGGGGUCUUCAUCCAACAGCACAGAGCAUCAGUCUACCGUCAGUUAAAGGAUAGUUGGGGCAAGGAUGCUACGUAUCAUUGUAUCCCGUGCGGACGGGACAUAAAGUUCAAGACCCACACCUGCAAACGUAAGCUUGACAAGCAUGAGAAAGGCAUCACCCACAUAAAGGGUUUGGAGAAGUUGGGGUUGCCGCUGCCCGAGGGUGUUGCAAGAUCCACAAGGCCAGGGAGUGAGGAUGACGCCGAGGAGGACGAAGAGGAGGCGGAGGANNAUCCUGUCGUUGCCGUAGACCUGCGCUGUAAUGGUUUACCCCCGCAUGACAUCACAUCCCCUCUGCAUUGCCUGAAGUGUUCCAUCGAAAGCUUUGUUCUGGCUGGACAGCCCAGGACGACGUAUGCGCCAGGAGAAACGGAUCCAUUUGCUGAUGUUAUCUUCGACACCACCCCGCAGGGCAUCUAUGUCAAGUCCAGGCAGUGUCAAGGUUCCAUGCAGAGGGAUGAGACUUUCUGCGUGGCAUGCAAAGCCUUGGGCCGUUGGAGCAAGUUCCGCUCAGCAGUUGCACAGAAAGCCUACAUGAUAGACCUUGCCAUGUAUAGCCACAAGCUUUUCCACUGUCCCCAAGAUCAGUUGGAAGCCUUCAUGCAGGACAUGGUUGGCCGUGAGUACAGGCAGUUGGGGUUGGCUGGAGCUGAUUUCGAAGGUUUGUGUCAAUUGCCAAGCAAGCUUGCCCAGGUUGCCAAGGUGAGACAGAAAUUCGAGAACACACCUGCUUGGAGGAUCAGCGUAUCCUAUCAAAACUUCAUGCGUCAGUGGCUGCCGAAGACAGAUCUCUGUCAUGCCUCCGACACGCAAGCUUCUGCGCACGCCAGCUUGGUUGCUGCCUUAGGCCAGGGUGUGCUUGAAGGCAAGGUACGGGCCCUAGACUUGGAGGUUGCUAGCCGCAUCGCUGCAGGCGCCUUAAGAAGCGAUGCUUUAGUCGAUGGACUGGUCACCACAUUUGUUCAAACGCUGCAAUCCUCCUUGACCAACAAAAGGCGUCAGACUUCUUCGCAGUUCAUGCAGCAGGAGGCGUUGGUGGAUGCCAUCCACACACUUGGUCGCGGCUCAGAGUGUCAAGCACUCAUGUCAAGGUUCAAGGUCAACAAGCAAGCGUUACCUAAACUCAGCUUGAAUCAUGCCAGCAUGCCUGACUCCUUUGUUUCUCUACGAGACCCCCAGGUCCUGAAGAGCACGUUUCAGAAAAUUCAAAGCUUCUUGAAGUCCGCUUCAGAACGUCUCCAUGUGAUCUUCGAUGAAACCACCUGGAGUCCAAGUUUCCAGCAGGCCCGUCAAUUCAGAAAUGGCCAGGACGUGAUCAUUGGAGGCGCCUGGAAUGCUGAAGGGGGGGAAGACUGGUCUUGCCUGAGCCCAGAGACACAUAACCUGAGCACCUUGCCCAAAGAGCACAUGGCACGCACAUCCUGCCACUUCGUGGUGCAUCGCACGGAUUGCACCAGGUUUGUCUUCGAGUGCUGCUGCCUGCCCACGCGCAGCGUCAUUGCUUCCUCUCAGGUCAUGUUGGAAUUGCUGGGCCGCUUUCUGAGCACUGUGACUGAGGCCAACGGUGGCAAAUGCCCGUUCUCUUGCGCGUUCGAUGGGUGCACUGCCCACAGCAAAAUCCUCCGCUUGUUUACUGGAUUGCUUCCUGAGAAAGAGUGGAAGGACCUUGCCUUCUUCCAGGAAUGUCAGCUGGAGUUUCCGGAGUACAAGUUUUGGCCCUAUGGGCACCUCCGCUUUCGCGAUCAGCUAAUGGUAGCUUUCACCGGAAGCUUUCAUCUCCAAAAACGGUUGUCGUUGCAGUUUAUGGCCGGUGGCCGCAAAGUCAGGUUGGCAGAUUUCUUCGUAGACCUUGCAUCAGAACUCCAGGCGGGGUUGCCGGCACGCGCCUUUACCUGCGCGGACGUACAGUCGGACCGGGAUGCAGUGAUGAGACUGUCCCCCCCGUUCUUGUCCAAGUCUUGGUCGGGCAUCGGCCAAACCAUCCACGGCCUCAUCGCGGCGCUGCUUGCGUCCGGAACCUCUGCAUCCUUAGGAUUCACAAAGGUGCAGCAGGCAUCAAACGGCUUUUCCGCCUUCUACUUAUUGCUCUUGCAUGUGGCCUACAACUUUACCAAGCGACGCCCCACUGCAGAGACUUUGCACAUCACAACCCUCAGGAAUGCUUGCGCGUUGGUCAGCGGCAUCAUCUCAGCAUCCAUGACUUCCGCCGAACAUAGAUACUUGCAAGAACGGGCUGUGGAGGAGCACUUCUCGCGGAUAAAGGCUCCAUUCCAAGGGCAGCCUUCGGUGCGAGACGGGCAACAUGGCCUGCUGCGAAAUCAGAUCAGACAGUGCAAGCUGCUUGAGAAAGAAACCUGCGAGUCCCUCGGUGCUGCGCAGACUGUUCAGAGUAGAGAGCCCCUGUCAGUGAGCCAGUUGCAAAAGAUAUCUGCCCCGGAUGAGACCCCGGAUGAGCUUUUUGCGAAGUUGAAGAAAUGGUGGGGCCAGAAGGGCGAGACCUUCUUUCGUGCUGCGGUGCCAGAAGAAGAUGAGGAUUGUGUUGAGCAAGAGGUCCUCGAUGCAGACCUAGACCAUCAGGCGAAAGCUGAGGCCCAGAAUCUCGCUCUGAUUGAGGCUGUGCAGGAUAGGGCCAAGAUUUCAGAGGAACUGCAAGAGUUGCUGACAGGAGGCGGUGAGUCCAGUAUGUUGCAUGAUACCAUCACGGCGGAGUUCGCGUCAGAGGACAACCCUCCAAAUGCACAUGAAAUCCUGCCCCCUGAAGUUGACAGUGGAAAUGACGACGACAUCCCAAAAACGCUGGAGCAGAUUGUCGGCAAGACCGUGAGAAAGAAGGAGUACCAUGCCCAUGCCAUUGGUGAGGAGCGUAAGCCAGGCACUUCUCUCGAGUACUCAGCAUUGAAGCGAGGCCGGCUCCUCAUGAUGCCUUCUCGUGAGUUCAUCCGAUUGGUCAGACUUGAAGAAAAGCUUCUGUCAAAAGCAGUGUUGGAGGCGCGUGCUGCUCCAAUGAACAUGUGGAAUGUGCGGGAGGCUGAGCUAGCUGCCGCCAGGCGCGCGGCCAACGUCAGUGGUCAGCGCCUAGCUCGCUCCACUGCUUGGGCAGCGGCCACCCAGAAAUUUGCCUCAGUCAUCACCGCAUCGCGCAGUGACGGUGCCCCUGGAUUGUCCAGCAUCACGGAAUUCAGGCCUCUUGAUGAUGCAAAUCCUCAGGUCAUUGUGUUCUCUCGGGAUGGGAAGGACGAGGAGCCGGGCAUAGCUAUCACACUGACCGUAUUCCGAGGUGCACUGACCAAGCAAGGCGGCAAGCUCGUUGUGCGGACCAGCAAAGCGUCCCCUUGCCCGCUGCCAAUCGCAUCUACGCGCAAGGUGCACGCCGUG